GUCAUGCUUUCAGAUCAUGGGGAUCAUGCGCUGGAGAAUCGUCAGUGGCAGAAGAGCUCGAUGUUGGAGGGCUCUGUGCGCGUUCCCUUCAUUCUGGCCGGUCCGGGAGUUCGGCCGAGGAGGAUCCACCAGGUGGCUUCCCUCCACGACAUUUAUCCCACGAUUCUAGACAUUGCUGGCAUUCCGCCCAGGGAGAAGCAUCUCAUUGGCGAGUCCCUGCUGCCAGCAGCGCAGGGCCACGGCAGGAAAAAGUUUCAUGUGGUCGCCGAGUACCAUGACUCCUACUCCAGGACUGGGAUGUAUAUGGUACGGCAGGGGGAUCUCAAGUACAUCUAUCACGCUCCGCUGCUCAGCGGUGAGCAGUGGCCACCACAGCUCUUCAACCUGUCGGUUGACCCCUGGGAGCGGGCCAACAUAGCCAAAGACCACCCGAAGAUGGUGCAGCACCUCCAAGGGAUCCUCCGAAGUGAAAUCGAUAUCAACGCUGCCGAUGCCGCGAAGAAGGCCUACGACAAGGACAUGUUUUUGAAGUAUGUCUACUCCAAGAAGUCUGGCCCUGCAGGGUGCUUUGCUGCGAUGGAGUUGGCCCAUCCCGGCUUCGACGCCUACGAUGCACACACAGUUGAGCAGUGGCUAGGACAGCGCUGCUGCCAAGUGAAGCCAGGCAGGCGCCAGCGAGGCGCCAAGUACCACACCCUGGAGUGCCCGAACGGGGAGAGCCCCAGUGCGGCAAGCGAAGCGGGCGACACAGUCUAG